AGUGGCUCGGUGGGUGCAAGAAAACCAGUCGUAAAGUGUUUGCAUACUCCGAAGGGGCGGCGGAGUUGUUAGUUCACGUACGACGGCGAACCCAACGCUGCCCAACGCGCAUGCAUUUUUCUUUAAUCCCCAGUGUUAGCAACAAAGCGUCCGUAAUUCCUGGAAGAGAGUGAUCUGACGGGUCGACGUGCCCACACGCGGGUGUAUCGUACGAGGAAAGGGAACAGAGCCCCAUUUACGAAGAUGUGCGGCGGCUUUACGUGCUCCAAGAACGCAUUGACGGCGCUAAACAUCCUUUACAUCGUUGUUGCAUUUAUUUUAAUCGGUGUCGCUGUUUAUGGGAGAGCUUCUGCGUUAGUCACUAAUCUCCCUAUAAUUGGAGGCAUUCUAGCAUGUGGUGUUAUUCUGAUUCUAAUUUCUAUACUUGGCUUAAUCGGUGCUGUUAAACACCAUCAAGUUCUACUGUUCUUCUACAUGCUCAUUCUCUUCCUGUUAUUCUUGAUUCAAUUCAGCAUCGCUUGUGCUUGUCUUGCUGUGAAUACCAAGCAACAAGAACAAUUGGCAGAACAGGGCUGGACACGUGUUGGUCAUGAUUUAAGGGACAAGGUUGAGGAAACCUUCAAUUGCUGCGGAUUCAAUGAAACUGUAAUCUCGUUCAAAAGUGAUCAGGCAAUAGCCUGCAAAGCUGUAAGUAUAAUCUUCGUAUAUGCAGUAAUGAAAAUGAUUCAUUUUUUGAUUAAAUCUUUUCAGAAAUGUUGUCUGUACCCUACGGAAACCGAUUGCGAAUGUCCCCCGUGCAUGCAAAAGUUACAAUCUACCAUUGACUAUGCCUUUAAAUUGUGUGGCAGCAUAGGAUUGUUCUUCAGCUUUACAGAGUUUGUUGGUGUUUGGUUGACCGUGCGAUACAGGAACCAGAAAGACCCACGAGCUAAUCCUAGUGCUUUCCUCUAGUCUAAUAGCAUCGCUAUGUCCUCUGUCACCUCAUAUGAUCCUCCUAAUAGAUGGUGAUCGCAGCUUUCUUGGCAAGACGUUUCAGAAAUCAAUUGAAUCCGAUUCAGAAAGCUGUUUAUUUCGUAGCAUGAACAUAGUUUCUAUGGUUUAAGUAUAGAAAACAUCUUUCCCCCUUUCACUUUAAACGAUGGAUGAAUCUCUAAUUUCAAUCGCUUUGGUUCAUUAACAAUGUUUCACUGCUGGAGAGUCGGAGAAUUCAUUUUCUAUUUUGCAGUACUGACAACAAUUUGCAUCGUAUGAUGCAAGUAUCAAGGAACUGUUUGUCUUUCGCGGCAGUUCAUAAAUGCUCAACGAGAAAAAAAGGAACAGAACAUUUGAAAAACGAAGUCAUAGUUUCUAGAACGGAUUAGACAAACGAUAGCUGAAAUGUGUGCUCUAGUCAUCCAGUUAGGACAAUUAUUCUAAGCCUCAAUGCGCCUUGUAGUUUAAUAUUUAGAUAUUUUAUGCAAGCGUGUUUUUACGAAAUUUGAUUUCCUUUAUUUGUCGUAAAUAAUAACUUGUCUUUGUCCUUAAUAGGAGAUUUGUUUCCCUUUUGUUUCUUUAAAUAAAUAAUACUUUACUAUCAUAAGAUGUUUCCUAUAUUUUAGAUGCGUCUCGAUUUAUUCUCAUUUUCAAUCAUUUUUUUUAACGUCCAUAUAAUAAUCUUCUUUCGAACUAUCUACUCGUAAAUAAUGCAUAUAACGCAUGAACUUAUCAAAAACAAUUUCACUCUAUCAAAUUAAUCGGACAAAUUUAGAAUAUAAUUAUUUUAUUGAAAAUACGCAAAUUCGUUUCAAACUAUAAAAUACUAGUGAUUAGUACUUCGUUAAUCAAUCAAAUAUAUUAAUCCUAUAGCAAGAACUAUAAGCUACAUCGCGAUAUCAAGACACUAUGCUUAGGAAUCUUUUAUCCUGACAUAUUAUCAUAAUAUACUGCCGUAUAUAUAAUAAUAAUGUCAUUACCGUAAAAGUACGUCACUUAUAGAUUAAUCACAGCUUCCUGUAAUUUAUGUAUCGUAUUUUAAGAAUCUCUUAGAUUGUAUACCUGAACCUUAUGUACCAAGCUUUCGAACAAAAUUGCAAUUAAAGCUUUCCAAUUAUUAUACAAUAA